AUGACGCCAGGGGCCGUUUGCGCGGCGCUGCGCUCCAUCGAGCGGCGAGUGCACACGGCGGCGCUCGUGGGCACGGCAGAGAAGCAUGUACGCUCCUAUGCAUGGCCGCGCCCGGUCCGUGCUUCGAACUUGGAUCUCGAUCCGCGCGGCGUCGACUACGCGCUCUUCGAGCCGAUCUCGGACGAGUAUGGCACUGUGCAUGCAGAGACAUCGCGCAUCGCAGUGCUAAAAGCACCGCCCGUGGCGCUUCUGCAUAGAUUGCUGCACGCACACAAGUACGACGAGGCGCUGCGCACGUUGCUGCAGCUGCACGUUUUAGAUACCCCGCUCUCGGCGCUGCCGGAAUACAACGAUGCAGCACGCUGGUUUGCGGCGCACGGGCGGUAUGCGGAUGCGCUACAUUGGAUCGAGCUUGCUCCUGCCUGUGCCGGGCUCUCGCGGCAGUUCCGUGCCGCGAUGCAGCAGGCAAUGCAAUGGCUUACACGCGCGCCGCUGACCGAACGCAGCGAGCACGCAGUUCUGCAAAAAGCGUGCAUGUACGCCGCAUCCAAAGGGUACAUCGAUGCACUUACCAUCGGGAUGACUCACAUGUACCGCUACCAGCUGUGGCCGGACGAAGGGCCCAUUGCGUUCUGGGAGUCAGUUGCACAAGCGUACACCGGCACUGCGCCCAAGUGGCAGCGCCUUGCCAACCGCGUAUAUCACGCGCUCGUUCGCGGAGGAGGCCAUGCGCAUGCAGAACCAUGGGCGCGGCUUGCUUCGGCCGCCGCGCCCGACGCUAGCACAGUGGAUACGCUGCGCCCGACGCGCGAUCCAAUGCUUGACGCGCGUGUCAGCGAGGCACUGCGCGCUGGAAACUUGGCCGCUGCGCGCAAGCUCCUGCUCAAGGCACGCGCGACGCCAGGCGUCGAAAUACUCGCUUCGCUUCUGUGUGCCGCUGGGCGGACGGUGGCCGUGCGCGACGGCGCGAGAGAGUGUGCGACCGGCCAGUUUCUACGUCCAUUGCGCCGCGCAAUCCUGCAGCGCAACUGCGCGUUGUGGUACACGGCGCUGGUACGUGCGCGCGAAAAAGAGCACGACUGGCUCGGCGCACUGCGCGUGUUUCGCUGCCGGUUUGUUCCCGUGCCCGGCCUGGAUACGCACCUGCUCGACGCCGCCGAGCGCGUUUGCCCGCCACGCACACAAACGGAGUCCCACGCCGCCGCAUCGCUGGCCAACAGUGAUGCGCGCACGGCGGCGCAUCGCACGGCGCGCGUACGGCUGGAUACCUCGGCAUACCUGCUUGGGUCUGUCCUCCGCGCGCUGGUGGGAUGCUGUGCCCAGGACCGUGCGCUGCUGUACAAGCUCUAUGCACACACCCUAUCCAUCCUGCGCCAGCCGCGGCUUGCCAGUGCACGUGCGUUUGAGGCGUUUAUUCCUGCACUGAGCGCCGCACAUCCGGCUGGGUUUGUCGGUGGGGAACGAGGCACGAUGCCGAGUAUGUGGGACAUGUUGCGCGACAUGCACGGGCUGCGCGUUUCGCCACGCGCAGGCACAUGGACCAUGUUCAUACAGGCGCUUGUCCGCGAUGGCACACACACGAGCUGGCAGCUUGCCACCGCGAUUCUCGCACGGAUGGGCGGCAAUGCACCUUGCGCGCUGUUGCCCGAGACGCUUGUGCUGCCGACUGCGACGCUGGGCGUGUAUACGGGAGUGCUGCAGGCGGUACUACCGCAAAAUACUGCGGUGCUGGCGCAGUCGCGUGCGGCGCAUCGCGCGCGGACUGUGCGGAAUAUGCUCGACGAUGCGAUUGCGCGUGGAAACGUGGAUGCAAAAGAGGCACGCGCGUAUGCGCCGAUGCAAGCCCAGCUUGCCAAGCUGGGAGAUGGGGGACAUAGUGCAGAGGACUGGGCUGGUCGAGGCGUGUAG